CCAACCCUGGGAGCACAGACUGUAUCAAUCCGCUUUUUCAAGUCAUUCCAGACAGCAGAGCUGAUGGCUGCUCGGUCAAUUUCCACACCAGCCAGGCUAUGUCCAGGCGAUUACAAGUGGCCAAGGAGGAGAUGGCUUAUAUGAAGGCCCUCCAGCACGGGAACCAGGCAGUGAUAGAGAAUCUGAUCCAGUUUGUUGGAGCAGAAAUGGGGAAUCAGAGCUAUCAAGAGAUUAUUCAAGAAAAUAUUGUUGGGAUUAAGGAGAAUCAUGCAAAUUGUGUGGGAGUGCUGAAGAAGGCAGCUGAGGAGUUGGAGAACCAUCUAGAGGGAGCUGACCUUGCUGGAAUGCAGAAAAUCAGUGAAGAGUCUUUGACCUUUGAAGGGAUGCUGCGUGCCACAACAGACAUCGCCAACCAACUGGAGACCUCCGCACGGACCCUUCACAUACAGAUAACUGAGCAGCUGAGAAAUAGCUUAAAGCUAAAAAGGACAUAAAGCCCACAAAAGAAGACUGUUGUGCUUGUGGAACAUAACAUCCUCAAAUGGUACAAAGACAAAAGGCUUUAA